GGAAGUCCCAGGGCCUUCACUGGGAAAGCAGUGGGGGGUUGGGGGAGGAGGCAGGCUCAGGGUAGGAAUGGCGGCUCAAAUUCCAAUUGUGGCCACCACUGCCAGUCCGGGAGUAGCCCGGAACAGUAAGAAGAGGCCAGCCAGUCCUUCCCACAAUGGCAGCAGCACUGGGGGAUAUGGUACCAGUAAGAAGAAAAAAGUCUCCGCCUCUAGCUUUGCACAGGGAAUCAACGUGGAAGCCAUGAGUGAGAAUAAAAUGGUGCCCUCUGAUUUUAGCACUGGACCUAUGGAAAAAACUUCCAAACCUUUGCCAUUUAAGGAUCCCAACUUUGUGCACUCUGGCCAUGGUGGUGCAGUAGCUGGCAAGAAGAAUAGAACCUGGAAGAACCUGAAACAAAUUCUCGCCUCUGAAAGGGCAUUGCCGUGGCAACUGAAUGAUCCUAACUACUUUAGUAUUGAUGCUCCUCCAUCCUUCAAACCAGCUAAGAAGUAUUCUGAUGUUUCAGGUCUUCUUGCCAACUACACUGAUCCACAGAGCAAGUUACGCUUCAGCAGCAUCGAAGAGUUUUCCUACAUCCGGAGGCUGCCGUCUGAUGUUGUCACUGGCUACCUGGCCCUGAGAAAGGCCACAAGCAUCGUUCCCUGAGGCUUGGGAAGAGGAGGUGAAGUGGAAAACGAUUUCAAAGGCAGGCUUUGGACUCAUAAUUUUGUUUCAUGGAAACAUACUCAUUCUGCUGUCAAUCUGGAAAUGUCAGUGCUGUGCCUUGGAAAGAAUGCUUGGCUUUCAUUGAAGGUUUUUUUUUCUGUGUUUUUCCUCCAAGUGUGAUAUUUCCUGUUGAGUUAAAUUAUAUUUCAUUUGUUGCAUCAAGUAAAAUCAUUUUACAAGAAAAUAUAAAAUUGUGCUUUUAAUUUAACCCAAGUGCAUCCCCAAAUUUUUGCUUCAUAGUUCUAAACUCUCUUACAACACAUUUAAAGACUCUAUAAUAACUCUUGACAACAGAACUGGAUUAUUCCUGAUCCCAGUGACUCCCUCUUUAGAAUGCAUUAGUCUUUCUCUUUGAUCAGAAUAUUUGGAGGAGGUCCGAAAUUAGAACCGGGGAAGGAAGGGCUGAGUAACUCUCCGUCACACUAGGCCUGUGCCUCAGCCUCCAAAUCAGCCCCUCUUCCAGCCAACGCAACCGAGAGAGACAUACAAGGGGGGACUUAAAGUAAAAACAAACAAACAAAAACCCAAACCAAAAUUAUCUUCUGGAGGGAAGGCCCCUUGUAAUAAGUACAGGCUUCCUUCACUGGAUGAGUGUCCUAGGAACCCAUCUGUACCAGCUGGUGUUGUUGUGAGAGGCUGUGUUUGGCUUCAGUGUUGUUUUUUUUAAGAUUAGCUCAUUUGUUCAUUUCGUGAUGGGUGAUUUACAAGUACACCUGCCCACACUGCACUGAGUGUUCAGCAGUUUUUGAUGAGAAACAACAAGCCCCCCAUUCCCCACCCUCCCUAUUUACCUGAUCUCACCCCAAAUGACUUCCUUUCCUGAAUGAAGAAAGUCCUCAAAGGGAAACAUAUUAUCCAUGUUGAAAAGGUGAAACAAAAAUGGCAGCGGCACUAAAAGGUAUUAAAAUCAAUGAGUUCAAAAAUGGUUCUGAGCAGUGGAAAAAAGUCUCAUUAGCUGUAUUGCAUUAAAUGGAGAGUACUUUGAGGGUGACUGAAGUUUGAACACGUAAGAAUAAAUACACAUUUUUAAAAUAAAUCUAGGGGAAGUUUACUCCCCCCCCCC